UGUGUCCCCUGCAGCGUCCCCGGCCAUCUCCUCCGGCAGAUGCCGGCAUCCGGCUCCUGUGUUCCGGUCCCUGUGACGUCGGGACGUACGGGCGCCGCAGGCGGCGGGAAAUUUGAAAAUUUAAAAAAAUUUUUAUUCUUUUCAAAAUGAUUUUUCAUAGUAAAACAUUGCUGUUUCAACCCAUUCCACAUACAUUUUGUCCCUAUGCUUUGUCCUGCUCCCUGCCUGCAUUUUGUCUGUUCUUUCUGCCUGGAAACUUAGAAAAGUCCAUGGCGUCCAAAAAGCGUCCCUUUAGGUCAGACGCGGUUUUAGACCGGCUAGAGAACAGCGAUAGUAAAUCAGAACCACUUGCAGAAUUGAGUGAUAAUGAUUCGUGGGGGAAAUUCGUCAUCAGACACUGA